AGCAAUUAUUAUUCCCCUCACGAACCCCUCUCUCCCCACUUACCAAACUCCGGCUCCCAACGCCCAAAGCCUUCGCAUCCAGAGCUCCAAACCCUAGGCGAGGCGAGGCGCGGCGCAGCGGAGGGAGAGGCCAUGGAUCCCGAUUCGGUCUCGAAGGCGUUCGUGCAGCACUACUACCAGACGUUCGACUCCAACCGCGCCGCGCUGGUGGGGCUGUACCAGGACGGCUCCAUGCUCACCUUCGAGGGCGAGAAGUUCGGCGGCCCCGCCGCCAUCGCCGGCAAGCUCGGAUCUCUCCCCUUCCAGCAGUGCCAGCACAAGAUCGACACCGUCGACUGCCAGCCCUCGGGGCCCCAGGGCGGCGUCCUCGUCUUCGUCUCCGGCACCAUCACCACCGGCCCCGGCGAGCACCCCCUCAAGUUCUCACAGAUGUUCCAUUUGCUGCCAGCUGGAGGGAGCUUCUACGUGCAGAACGACAUGUUCCGCCUGAACUAUGGUUAAGGAAGGGCGACCGCUCUGGCAGCAAAGAACUUGUUCAGGGAUUUAUGUUGAAACAAUGAACAUCAAAUGAUGAUGCUGCAGACUCUUUGUUUGUUCGCCAACUUGUGCAAUUUAUCGCAAAAAAUUGCCAGACUUGAUAGGCAUCCACCAGAUCAUCUUUUGUUUUGUGUUUCCCAUGUAUUGUCGUUGCUUGGGUGGCACUUUCUUUGGAAUGUUGAUGGAAACCGUCCAGGUACUAGUUAUGCGUGGCAUCUCUGGGUUUUGUUUGUGACCAUUUAAGUUCACUUUUGCAUGUCCCAAAAGUUUCUUCCCUUGCUCA